AUGUCUUCAAUGCUAUCUGAAUACAUUAUUGGUGGGGUGAAGAUUCACUUCCCUUGUAAAGCUUACCCAUCACAGCUUGCUAUGAUGAAUUCUAUUGUAAGAGGAUUAAACAGUAAGCAGCACUGUUUGUUGGAGAGCCCCACAGGAAGUGGGAAAAGCUUAGCCUUACUUUGUUCUGCUCUGGCAUGGCAGCAGUCUCUAAGUGAAAAGCCAGGAGAGGAGAACUUAAAUAAAAAGACUGAAGUACCCUUGUCAUGUUAUUGUACAUGCCAUUUGCAUAGUUCCACUAAUGAUAUCAAUGAUAAUGUGAAUGAAGGAGCUUCAUGUUCUUUCACUGCUCCAUUUGUGACAUCUUCCAUGAAAAAUGAAACCUCAACUUGCCAAGAAGACUCCACUCCAAAAAUCACUCUAGCUGCGAAAUUAUCUGCCAAGAAACAGGCUUCUUUGCUUAGUGAUGAAAAAGAUGAUUUUCAAAUAGACAAGAAAAGAAUUCGUCCCUUAGAAACCAAGCAGCAGGUUAGAAAGCGCCCUUGCUUUGCAAAGGAAGUAUAUGAUUUAGAUAAGAAAGUUACACCUGAAAGAAUUGUGAAGUCAAACUCUCCACUAGGAAAAAAGAUUUCCUUUUCUCCACAAAAGCCUCCUGGUCCUUGUACUUGGUGUUCCUGUUCCAUUAAAAGUGAGAAAAAUCAAGAUGAUGGUAAUAUAACAAAAAAAGAACAUGGAGGAAAAUUCAAGACACCGAAAAUAUUUUUUGGGACUCGUACACAUAAACAGAUAGCUCAGAUUACUAGAGAGCUACGGAGGACAGCAUACUCAGGGGUCCGAAUGACUAUUCUUUCUAGCAGGGAUCAUACUUGUGUCCAUCCUGAAGUAACUGGUAAUUUCAACAGGAAUGAAAAAUGUAUGGAAUUGAUGGAUGGAAAAAAUGGUAAAUCCUGUUAUUUCAACCAUGGUGUCCAUAAAAUUAGUGAGCAGCAAACUCUACAGACUUUCCCAGGGAUGUGCAGGGCCUGGGAUAUAGAAGAUCUUGUGAGCCUGGGGAAGAAGCUAAAGGCUUGUCCAUAUUAUGCAGCUCGAGAACUAAUGCUAGAUGCUGACAUUGUGUUCUGUCCCUAUAACUAUCUCUUAGACUCACAAAUCAGAGAAAGUAUGGAUAUCAAUCUAAAAGAGCAGAUCAUCAUUUUAGAUGAAGCCCAUAAUAUUGAGGACUGUGCACGUGAGUCAGCCAGUUACAGUGUUACAGAAAUUCAACUAAGGUUUGCUCGAGAUGAACUAGAUAGCAUGGUCAGCAACAAUAUAAGGAAGAAAGACCAUGAACCCCUGCGAGCUGUGUGCUAUAGCCUCCUAAAUUGGUUACAGGAAAACUCUGAACAUCUUGAAGAAAGAGAUUAUGAAUCGUCCUGUAAAGUGUGGAGUGGAAAUGAAAUGAUCUCUCAUUUGUACAAAAUGGGCAUAACUGCUGCUACCUUUCCCAUAUUAGAGGGACAUUUUACUGCUGUCCUUCAAAAAGAAGAAAAAUUCAUGCUACUUAAUGGUAAAGAGCAGGUGAAGGAAAUACCUAUUGUUAGUCCCUCAACCCAGAUUAUGCUCAAAGGACUAUUUAUGGUACUGGACUAUCUGUUUAGGCAGAAUAGCAGGUUUGCAGACGAUUACAAGGUUGCUAUACAGCAGACUUACUCUUGGAUAACCCAGUUUGAUAUUCCAGACAAAAAUGGUUUCUUUGUUAUACCUAAAAAUAAGAAACGUUCUAGACAGAAAAUGGCAGUACAUGUGCUAAACUUUUGGUGCUUAAAUCCAGCUGUGGCUUUUUCAGAUAUCAGUAGUAAAGUACGGACGAUUGUUCUGACUUCUGGAACUCUGUCACCGAUGAAAUCUUUUUCAUCUGAACUUGGUGUGACAUUUGCUAUCCAAUUAGAGGCUAAUCAUGUCAUCCAGAACUCACAGGUUUGGGUUGGCACCAUUGGGUCAGGCCCCAAGGGUCGGAAUCUCUGUGCCACCUUCCAGCACACAGAGACCUUUGCAUUCCAGGAUGAAGUUGGAGCUCUUCUCUUAUCUGUGUGCCAAACAGUGGGCCAAGGGAUUUUAUGUUUCUUGCCAUCCUACAAGUUAUUAGAGAAAUUAAAAGAACGUUGGAUACACACUGGUUUAUGGCAUAACCUUGAGCUAGUGAAGACAGUCAUAACGGAACCACAACGGGGAGAGAAAGCUGUGUUUGAUGAAAUGUUACAAGUGUACUACGAUGCGAUCAAGUGUAAAGGAGACCGAGAUGGUGCUCUCCUUGUAGCGGUUUGCCGAGGUAAAGUAAGUGAAGGCUUGGAUUUCUCAGAUGAAAAUGCCCGUGCUGUCAUAACAAUAGGGAUCCCAUUUCCAAAUAUGAAAGAUCUUCAGGUUGAAUUAAAGAGAAAAUACAAUGACCAGCAUUCAAAACUAAGAGGUCUUUUACCUGGCUGCCAGUGGUAUGAAAUUCAAGCAUAUAGGGCCCUGAACCAGGCACUUGGCAGGUGUAUUCGGCACAAAAAUGAUUGGGGAGCUCUCAUUUUAGUUGAUGUUCGCUUCAGGAGCAACCCAGAUCGAUAUACAUCUGGACUUUCUAAAUGGGUUCGUCAACAGAUUAAGCACCAUGAAACCUUUGAGAGUGCACUGGAGUCCUUGGCUGCAUUUUCUAAAAAGCAUCAAAAAAUCAUUGAUGUGUCAUCCCCAAAUAGUAAUGCAUCUGUACAAGAAGUGGCCUGCUUAAAGGAUGAGUCCUUGACAUCUUUAUUAGAAUCAACAACUCACCUAUCAUCAAAUGUUCUUGAAGAAGAUGAAAGGGAACCUUUCAACCAGGAACUUCAGGCUCCUACAGAGAUGGCAGUGAAGCUCAAACUACAUAGUUACCCAAGUAACCUCAUUGCAAGCAAGAAUAAAAAUGUUUCGUUGCUGUUGGAAGAUUCUCCCCAGAAAAUGAAGAGGGAAAAUUUUUUAAUCUCAAGAUCCACAAGUCCAACUUUCAGUAAACAAAAAGAAAAGAAUAACUUCCCUGUAUCUAACUGUGUAAAGAAAUGUUUUACCUCUAAGUCACUGACUUCCACUUCUGUGCACAGUCUUUCAGAGAACCAUGACUUCAGUGCUUUCCCUUCCAAAAAGGAAAAGAAGGAAAGUACAGUUGGUCUUUCUCUCACUAAUGGAGGCCAGUCCUUAUCUCUGUCAGGAAACACAUCACUUGACACAGAGCCACAAUCAGAAACCAUUACUUCAUCAACAAAAAGGACCAAUGCUGUUAGUAAAAGAGAUCCUGCUGAAGAGCUUCUCCUCCCUCAAGGCAUUGAUCUUACUUCUGUAAGUGGAGAAGCUGCAUUUUCCACUGUAAAUGUAGAUAUUGAAACAACAGAAGAAGAUGAAUCUGUUUAUUUCACACCAGAACUUUAUGAUGAUACAGAAUCAGACACAGAGGAAAAUGAAGAGCUACUUGGAACUAGUGGAAUAAUUCAAAGGACUGAGAAUUCAAAUUAUGUUAUAGCAGAAAACCUUUUGGAAACUGAUAGUACCAAAGGAAUGGAUUCAAAUUAUGUAGAUCCGAGGUUGAAUAGAAUUGUACAAAAUGAAGAAUGGAAAGUUGAUGGUAAUCAUGUAAAGGCAGAUAACGCACAUGACCAGGAGCUGGAAAGAACUCAAGAAAUGGAUACCUUAGGUAAUAUCAGCACGUGACCACCAUCCUGUUUAAGAUUUCUGGACUAAACUUCGGUUUAAAUACUUAUUUACUUCUGAUAAAUGAUAAAAAUGCUUUCCAAAAAAUAGUAAUGCA